UAAGCUUAGUUUCUCUCUUGCGUGUGAACAUUUUAAGUCAAUAUCGUCAACGUUUUACAUACACAAAACCUCUUUGUAAAAUCAUUACUCUCUCUAUCUUUUAAAUCUCUGUGAUCAAUAGAUCUUCUCUCUCAACCGUAGUAAUGGAUCUUUACCUUCUCCUUGUGACAGUUUCUGUAACCAUCUUUACGCUUUUGUGUACUAUAUUGUUUUCUAUUGUUUAUGGAAAGUCCAGAGUCCAAGAAAACAGAGUAAUUGCUUAUUCUCCUUCAUCAUCAUCAUCAUCUCCACCAUCUCCCCAGUCGUCUUUGCCUAUACACGAUGUCUUCCCGAGCUUCCACGGAGCAGAUGUCCGUAUAUCCUUUCUCAGUCAUUUUCUCAAGGAGUGUAGGAGCAAAGCAAUCAACCUGUUCAUUGAUAACGACAUCACUAGAGGAGAGUUUAUCGGCCCUGAGCUCAAAAAGGCAAUCCGAGGAUCAAGAAUUGCGAUUGUGUUGCUCUCGAAAAGAUACGCUUCUUCCUCUUGGUGUCUCGACGAGUUAGUGGAGAUUAUGAAGUGUAAAGAAGAGAUAGGUCAAACAGUGAUGCCCGUUUUCUAUGAAGUUGAUCCAAGUGAUGUCAACAAGCAGGCCGGUGAGUUUUGGAAAGUUUUUAAGAAAACUUGUAAAGGUAAACCAAAUGAGGUUAUUAGAAAAUGGAGUCAAGCUCUAGCAAAAGUGGCCACACUUGCUGGUUACAAUUCAAUGAACUGGGAUAGUGAUGCAAAAAUGAUCGAAGAUGUUGCCACUGAGGUUGCAAACAAGUUGUUUAACUCCACGCCGUCAAGAGAUUUCGACGAAUUCAUUGGGAUGGAAGCUCAUAUGAACAAGAUUUCACGGGUUUUACGCACAGAUUUGGAUGAAGUGAGGAUGAUAGGGAUUUGGGGGCCGGCUGGGAUUGGCAAGACAACCAUUGCUAGGUGUCUUUUCAAUCGACUAUCCCGUACUUUUCAAUACAGUGUCUUUCUGAUGAAUGUCAAAGCAAUGUAUACUCCACCGGUUUCUUCAGACGACUACAAUGUGAAGUUGUAUUUGCAGCAAAAGUUUCUGUCUCAACUACUCAACCAAAAGGAGGAGGAUUUCAAGAUUUCUCACUUGGGAGUUGCACGAGAUAGACUGAAUGACAAGAAAGUUCUUGUUGUUCUUGAUGAUGUUGAUCGGUUAGUACAACUAGAAGCCAUGGCCAAUGAAACUCAAUGGUUUGGUCAUGGAAGUCGGAUUAUCGUUACAACGCAAGAUCGAAAGAUUUUGAAGGCACAUGAGAUCACUGAUAUUUACAAGGUUGAUUUUCCGUCAGAUUGUGAGGCUAUUCAGAUGUUUUGUAUGUAUGCUUUCGGUCAAAAGUUCCCUAAAGAUGGUUUUGAGAAGCUUGUACGGGAAGUUACAAGACUCGCCGGUAAACUCCCUUUGGGACUAAGGGUUAUGGGAUCUUAUUUUCGUGGAAUGCCAAAGGAGGAGUGGGAAAAUGCAUUACCAGAGCUAAGGAUGUGCCUUGAUGGUGAAAUUGAGAGCAUUUUGAUGUUCGGUUAUAACGCACUGUCUCAUGAAAACAAAGAUUUGUUUCUUUAUAUAGCCUGCAUUUUCAACCAUGAAUGGGUGGAGAAAGUGGUAGAGCAUCUUUCAAAGAGAUUUUCUGAUGUGAGGCAACGGGUUAACGUCUUAGCUGAGAAGUCUCUCAUAUCUUUGGAAAGUGGAAAUGUGGUUAUGCAUGAUCUGCUAGUCCAGCUGGGUAUAGAUAUUGUCCGCAAGCAGUCCAGGGAGCCUGGACAACGACAGUUUCUGGUCCAUAAAAGAGAGACUUGUGAAGUACUUGCUGAUGAUGCAGCGGGUAGUAGAAGUGUUAUUGGCAUAAGGUUAUUUGGAGAUGAAAUAAAUGUGAGUGAGAGAGCCUUUGAAAGAAUGUCUAAUCUCCAGUUCUUAAGAUUCGGAGCGAAAAGUGAUGUUGGACCAAGCUAUUUAUCUCGUAAACUAAGAUUACUAGAAUGGAGUUAUUUUCCGAUGACAUCUUUGGCUUGUAUUCCCAACCCAGAGCUCCUCGUGGAACUAUCCGUGCGUGACAGCAAACUUGAGAAGUUGUGGGAAGUAACCAAACCGCUUAGCAAUCUCAAGUGGGUGAAUCUGUGUAAUUCAAAAAACUUGAAGGAUGUUUCUAGUCUCUCAACUGCCACUAGUCUAGAGGGAUUACAUCUCAGAGGAUGUUCAAGUUUAGUGGAGCUUCCAUCUUCUAUUGGGAGUGCCAUUUAUCUCAAAGUGUUGGAUCUCAGUGAAUGUUCAAGUUUGGUAGAGCUCCCUUCCUCUUUUGGGAAUGCCAUAAGAAACCUCAAGCAAUUGGAUUUAAGCGAAUGCUCGAGUUUAGUGGGAGUCCCUUCCUCUAUUGGAAAGGCCACUAAUCUCCAGCAUUUGGAUUUUAGAAGAUGCUCAAGUCUUGUGGAACUUCCUGCCUCUAUUGGAAACCUCCAUAAACUAGAGACUUUGACUUUGGAAGCAUGUUGCAAGCUGGAGGUUCUUCCUGUCAACAUCAAUUUGAAAUCUCUGAGGAUAAUUGAUCUCACUGAUUGCUCCUUGAUGAAAAGUUUUCCCGAGAUCUCAACAAACAUCGAAAUUAUGUAUCUCACUGGAACUGCGAUUAAAGAAGUGCCUUCAUCGAUUAGGUUGUGGCCUCAUCUAUAUGAAUUGCAUAUGUCAUACGACGAGAACCUCAAGGAGUUGCCACAUGUUCUUGACAUCAUGACAUAUUUAGUCAUGAGCAACAAAGAAAUACAAGAGAUUCCUCCUUGGAUCGAGAGAAGCUUUCUUCUUGAUCGUCUUGUACUCAAGGGAUGCAAAGAGCUCUUAUCAAUCCCACAGCUUCCAGAUUCCUUAACAUACCUAGACGCAGAAGAUUGUGAGUCUCUGGAGAGACUAGACUGCUCCUUUCUUAAUCAAAAGAUUAGUCUCAACUUCGCCAACUGCUUCAAGCUGAAUAAAGAAGCGAGAGAUGUCAUCAUCCAGACAUCGACUAAAUUCUAUGCUACGAUCUUACCAGGUAAAGAAAUGCCUAACUACUUCAAUUAUCAAGCUAAUGGAGCUUCCCUAGUAAUAAAGUUGAACGAGAGGCCUUCACCUUCAUCUAUGAUAUGUAAGGCUUGCAUCUUGCUGGAAUGUAAAGAUGAGGUUGAAGCUGGUAUAGGACAAGCGGUGAAUGUAGAUCAUCGGAUCAAACAGAAUAGUCUCGAAGAUGUCCCGUGCAGUCCAACUUACCACACUCUGAGUCGCCCUUUAACGGAACAUCUGUAUAUCUUUGAAUUCAAAGCAGACGUGACUUCAGACCAGCUUUGCUUUGAGUUUGAGGUUUACAGUGGCGAAUGGCCAAUAAUUAAUUGGAUGAUAAAAGAAUGUGGAGUGCAUUACCUUAAUGCCAGUUGAUGGAUUUAUUCAUGUAAUGUUAUAUUUUGUUGUGUAUGAUUACCUUAAUACAAUCAUCUGGAUAACCAACGACCUAACCACACAUCUGCAAACAUAU